AUUUUGACGUUUCGUAUUGUUUGUAGUACAUCAAUCAUGUAUGUUGGAGCUGAUAUCGCGUCAGUAGUCUAAACAUCUGCAUUUAAGUAAGCUAUAAACGUCAUAGAUAAGCUGCUAUUUAACUGUGAUUGGGUUAUUUGUACUAUUCAAUGAUGUGCAUACGUUAUAUUUGACUUAAAUACCGAGUUGGAGAGAUCUUAAUGUGCACGAGCUACAAUGUCUUCCAGAAUAUUAAGAAAAUUGGCGGAAGGUUCACAGAAUCUGACUGUUGAAGAUGAUUAUGAUAGUAAUGAUGACUGUGAAAAUAAACAAUCGAUUUUCUGUAAAUUCCCAAAUUACUCCCCUGAACAACAGAUAAAGAUUUCCUCAUCUGAUGAAUGUCCCGUUGCUGACACUAAACCUGUCAAAUGCAAAAAAAGGAAGAAGCGAAGUAAACAAAAAGAGAAAGCUGAAGAUGUUACUGACCAAUUUGAUAAUCUAAGUUUGCAGAACACGGUAGAGAUAUGUGAUCAAAAGAAACAAUUAACAGAUUUACUCAAAGUCAAUUCGAAAAUGUUGGACUAUGUUGCAGAACUAAAUCGUUUGAUCCCAUCAGACGUUACUAAUUCGCGUACAUCAUCGAGAAAAAAGCAAAGUCAUAAAAGAACUGGCCUAAGUAUGGAACCUCUAGGUUGUGGUUUAUAUACGUUUGUAUAUAGUAAAAACUAUCAAAAUGUUCAGAGAUUAUUUCAUAAUGUUUUAGAAUCCAUGGAUUUGAAUAAUUUGACUACCCUCCUGUAUGAAAAUCCAUAUCACAUUCAUUCCCUUUUACAAUUAAGUGAAAUAAUGACAUCUCAGGAAGAUACAACGGUAGCCAUUGAUCUUUUAGAGCGUGUUCUUCAUGCAUACCAGUCAGCCUUUCAUCAUUCAUUCAACCCACUCAACGCAUCUUGUCGUUUGGACUUUAAGCAUCAGAUUAAUCGGGGUCUAUUUGUAGCACUUUUUCGUUAUAUCGUAUCUAUUGGUGAGCGUCAUUGUUACCGAAGUGCCCUGGAAUAUUGCAAAUUAUUACUAAGCCUAGAUUAUGAAGGUGAUCCUUUAACAGUUCUCCUCAUGAUAGAUCAGUAUGCUUUGUUCUCUGGACAAUAUAGCUUCUUAAUCGACUUAUUCGAUAGCCUAAAUGAGUCGCGCAAUUUGGAUUUACUUCCAAAUUUCGCUUUUUCUGUACCACUGGCCCGCAAGCUAGCAGGAGAAGAUGUUGAAAAGUCUGAUGGAAACAAAAUGAGCGUGAAUGAAGCUUUACAAGAUGCACUAAUUAUGUUCCUGGAUUUAAACCUUGACAAAUCCGUUCUAUUUGGAAAGGAACUCUUACUAAGUGAAUCUGAAAGUCUGGGAUAUUUAAUAAAUCUAUAUGUUACACGCAUGCACGCUCUUUGGUCAUCAUCGAAUAUUCUGCCAUGGUUGGAAAAGAAUAUUGAGUCUGUUUUAGCCAUGGUUGAACCAAAACAGAUUCAUCCUUCCAAAAACAAUACUAUUGACCCACGUCUUGCUGAAUAUUCUAAAAGACGUAAAGCUCUCUAUCCUGCCUUCCCACCAAAGAUUUUAAGACAUUUGUGUCUAUCUGGAGCUCCUGAAGCACCACCUAUGUUGCUCAGGCGUUCGGUGAAUACUUCCAUUUAUCCAUUCGAUCCUUUUCCACCUAAAAAUUCUAUUGAUAUCUGCAAUAAAGAAGCAAAAACACAUAUUUAUGCAAGUUCGUCUAGUGAUGGCUUCUUCACUGGACUCUUAACUUCACUGUUACCGUCAAGUUCUAUUCAGCGCCCAGUUACAGAACCGUCUGCUGACAGCUCUUCUGAUGCAGGCACUGAAAACAAUACUCUUGGUAUUGUGAACGGUGUUAUGCGUAAUGCAUCAGAAAGUGUCUAUGGCACUCUCAGACAGGUUCUAGAAACAAUUGACGUUCGAUUUUUCGGAAUUGGAAAUGAAGAAAUUGAUCUUGACGAAGAUGAUAGUUCAUUUGAUGAAGAGAUGUAA